AUGGGUCGGAGGAAAAACCAGUGGCUUUGUGCUGACUUAUUAAUGGGUAUUUUAAUAGGUAAAGGAUUAUUUUUAACUAUUACUGGAAAGUUAUAUGAAGGAGAUUGGCAAAAAGGAUUUAGGCACGGGUUUGGAGUACUUAGCAAAAAACUGCCAAACGGCAUAUUUAGUCUCGAAUACAGAGGAGAUUGGGUGAGAGGCAAGCCAGAAGGUGCCGGCUGGAGGUACUUUGAUAACGGAGAUGUUUAUUUUGGAUUCUGGAAACGGGGUUAUCGCGAUGGCUAUGGCAAAAUGUGGUACAGUGACGGCACUCUUUAUGUUGGAUAUUGGGAAAGAAAUAAGAAACACGGUCUCGGCAUGUUUGUACAAAUAAAUGGUAAUCGCUAUGAAGGCAACUGGGAAGACGAUCUGAGACAUGGCUUGGGUCGCUUCUACCACAUGCACACCGGCCAGUUGCAGGAGGGCUGUUGGGUGCGCGGGGUGUGUGUGCGAUCUAAGAUGUCAGAUAUCAUCAUACGGCAGUUUUGCGAUCUACCUACAGAAUAUCCAAUUCCUAUGGAAACGUUACGAAAUUCAAGAAAAAUCCUUGAAGAAAGUGAAGUUUGGCUGAAACAAAGAAUAGGGGAAGUUGAUAAUAAUUUAAAACACUGCAUUGAUAAAAUG